CGUGCAAUUGCAAAGGUUUCUCGCAACGCUGCUAUUUCGAUACAGAAUUGUACCAGAAGACAGGACAAGGCGCUCAUUGUCUGGAUUGCACAGCAAAUCGCGACGGCACAAAUUGCGAGAGAUGCAAGGACAACUUUUACAUGCAGCAAGAGAAAUGCGUCCCCUGCAAUUGCGAUCAUUUGGGAACGGAAAAUCUGCAAUGUUUAGCGAACGGCAAAUGCGAAUGCAAGGCGGGUGUAACCGGACAAAAAUGCGAUCGUUGCAAAGAGAAUUACUACAAGUUCAGCAAUUCCGGCUGCAGACAUUGCGGAUGCAACGCUGCUGGGUCGAUCAAUAAUCAGGCGAAGUGUGAUCAUCAAUCGGGCGGUUGCACUUGCAAAUUGAACGUUGAUGGCUUGAAGUGCGACCGCUGCAAGAAAGGUUUCUUCAAUUUGGACAAGGAUAGUUUGGUUGGAUGCAUUCCGUGUUUCUGUAACAGUCACAGCGUGAAUUGCAAAUCUGCAACGGGGUUUUCGGAGCAUCAAAUCACAUCAACUUUCGAGAAGAGUUCAGAAGGAUGGGAAGCUGAAAAUAAUAUUGAAUUAUCUUAUGAUGUGCUGUUUCAAUCAAUCAGUAUUCGAGGGGAUGAAAACGGUUUAGUGUUCUUCCGUGCGCCUGGAAUAUACUUGGGUAACCAGAGAUCAUCGUACAUGCAGUUUAUAUACUUCAGCUUGCAAAGCAAUGGAAAUAAUGUCACUGUUAUAUUAGAGGGGGCUGGGUGCGCUGUUACUCAUUACUAUUCCACUCAAGAAAAUAGUCUGUCGUUGGAGAACUACGAGUAUUCCAUCAGAUUGCACGAGAAUCAAUUCAACGCUUCCAAAGAAGAUUUCAUGUUCGUUAUUUCUAAUCUUACAGCGAUCAAAAUUGGAGGAUUCUUCCUUCGUGGAAGGUUAGUUACUCUGAACUAUUUCAAACUCGAUACCGCUAUUCGAGGAAUCACAAAUAAACCAGCCAAAUGGAUAGAAGAAUGUGAAUGCCCAACAGGAUACAUUGGUCAAUAUUGUGAGUUUUGUGCACCAGGUUACAAAAGAGUAAAAUCAGAGACCAACAAAUUCGGCAUUUGCCAACAGUGCGAAUGCAACAACCAUGCCUUCUACUGCGAUUCAGAAUCCGGAAAGUGUGUCUGUAACGAUAACACCGAAGGCUUUCACUGCGAGCGCUGCAUGAAGGGAUAUUACGGAAACGCUCGGAAUGGUACCGAAACCGAUUGCAAACCCUGCGGAUGCCCUAAUAAUGGAGAAUGCACGUACUCAAACAACACAAUCAAUUGCGUGUCCUGUGCCAAAGGAUACAAGGGUAACGAUUGUGAUUCGUGCUCGGACGGUUACUACGGAGAUCCAACUGGUCACUUCGGGCAGAAAAGCAGAAAGUGCCAGAAAUGCGACUGCAACGCGAACGUGGAUGAAGAAGCCACGGGAAAUUGUAACACGAUAACUGGGGAAUGCUUGAAGUGCAUCCGCAACACCGUCGGCGGCAAAUGCGAACGCUGCCUACCAGGGUAUUAUGGUGAUGCGAUAUCGGGGAAUAGCAGUUGCCGUCCUUGCGAUUGCAUGCCGAAUGGAAGUGUUCGAGAUAUCGACGGUAAUUUGAUGUGCGAUCAGGCAACAGGAAGUUGCAUUUGCAAAACGCGUGUAAUUGGUAGGAGAUGCGACUCCUGCGAGGACGGCUAUUACAAUUUCGCAGGUGAAAGAGGAUGCAGUCCCUGCAAUUGUGACGUAACUGGUUCACUGAAUAAAACAUGCGAUGCGAAGACCGGACAAUGUUUCUGUAAGCCUGGAAUUGCAGGGUUGAGAUGCGAUCAUUGCGAAGCACACAAAUAUGGCUUUUCGUCGGACGGCUGUAAAAUGUGCGUGUGCGACGUAAUAGGUGCAAUCGAUCUCCAAUGCAACGACUUUGGUCAGUGCACGUGUUCAGAGAAUGCCAGAGGACUCAAGUGUAACUUCUGCAAAGAGAACAAGCACGACCAGAAGAGGGGUUGCAUAGACUGUCCGCAAUGUUACAAUUUAAUUCUAGAGGCCACGAAUCGCUUCAAAAAGGAAUUCUUGCUUAUCCAGACGAAUUUAAAGCAAUUGGAAAUAAAGCCAAUUUUCGUGAAAGAUACACAAUUUGAGAAUGAAAUCUGGAAAGUUCAUAAAGAUAUAAUGAUGAUGUUGAAUCACAGUCGGAUGAGUAUGAGUGAUGAGAUUUAUUUGAUGGGCGAAAUCAGGUUUAUUUAUGAGAGACAAGAAGAUAUGUUGACGAUUUUAAAUAAUACGCAUAGUUACUUAUUGGAUACACAUUUAUAUUUGCGAAAUGUAAGCGUUGUUCAUUUGAUGGAAGUUGAAGAUCUUUUGAAGAGCAACAAUUUGGAAAUUGAAGAAACUUUAGACGUUUUAAACGUGAAUGGAAGAAAAGCUUUAGAAGAUCUGCAACAAUAUGAAUCUUUGUUCAAUGAUCAUUCACAAAAGAUGGUUUUAAUAGCAAAUAACGCGAACAAAAUUGCCGAUGAAUUUUUAACCCAAGUGGAAACAAAAGAUAAUUUCUACAAAGCCCAAGCUUCAUUGAAUAAAUCCGAAAUCCUAUUGAACAGUAUUGGAAUCUUCGAAAUUUGCCUCAACAAUACGCAAUUCUAUUUCGAUAGAAUCCACUCCAACGUUAAAGAACACGCUGAAGUCUUGGAGAAAAUUGAUAGGCAAGUAUCAGAAAGCGAAAAUCUCUUACAAAUUAACGUUAACAAAUACAAAACGGUGGGUAAAUUGUACGACGAAAUUUGUACGUUGAAGGAUGAAGCUCAAUAUCUGGUGGGAUAUGGUGAUAACAUCGUUGAUUUGGCUAAAACAAAGUUUCAUACUCUCAACGCUUUUGAUACCGAAUUCCAAGAUAAUAAAGUGCACGCUAAAGAGGCCAUUGUGAAUAGCGUUUCUCUGAUGGAAGAAAAUCAGGGAAUUCAGCUACAGCUGAAGGAAGUUAAGGAACCGUUGAUGGUUGCUCAAGAAAAUGUUAAUGCGGCUAUUGUUAAAGCUCAGUAUGCGGCUGGAUUAGCGAAGAAGACUUCAGUAAACGCGUUGUAUCUAGACAAUCAAAUCGAAUUGUUAAGGAACAACGUGAGUCACAUAAUAUCAAGAGCGGAGUUGAUGUCGGAACGCGUCGAAAAUACGGAUAUCGAGUUUAAACGAUUAGCUUUGCAAGUGGGAAACAAUAUUACGUUAAUCGAAGAAGCUAAACAUAAGAUAAUUACUGCACAAAAUGAUUCACAAGAGGCUACCAGUAAAGUGAACGAGAUAUUGAGAGAUAUAGAUGACAUCUUGAGUGAGCUCGAACAUGUUUCUGAUUUCGAUGAGGACGAAUUGAAUAGGUUGGAUUUGCAGUUGAAGAAAUUAGAGUAUAGGAUAAAGGAUGCGAAUUUGGAGAAUAUUUUGAAGCAACUGCAGAACGAGCAGAGGACGCGCAACGAGCUGAUGGAUCGGUACGAGAAGGAGAUCGAAUACCUAACUGUAAAGGUGGAAAAUAUGAAGCAGAUCGCCGGUUCGCUGCCGGAUGGAUGUUACAAGAAGUACAUCCUGGAACCGUGAAUCGGCACAAUUAAUAGGAAUUCCGGGGAGAUGCAAAGAGCUUUGCUCAUUCGCACUGUUGAAGGCUAUCGACCUUAAUGCACCGGUUAUUAA